GGCGUUUAGUGAAAGAGCUUCCAUCUUCAGCCUUCUCCAGUCACGUACUAGCACUAAAAGAACGUCUCCAAAACUUUAAAUAAUAAAAGGUGGAAAAGCAGAAUGUCCCUUCUCUUUCUGCCGCUCUCUCUCCUACCAAACCCUUCUCUAUACUCUUCCCCUCCAAUCACCUCUCCAUCUCUCAAGUCUGAACCAUCAGUUCUCCCUUCCUUCUCCCAUACGCCAUACCUCUUUGGUCCUUCUUACUUUCAUAGUUCCAUUCGUACAUCUCCUCUUCCCACCUCUCAUCUAUUCCCUAAAAAAUCCAGCGGCCACCUCCAAUUCUGGCUUCCUCUUUUCAUCUGGUUUGAGAUGGUGAGGAAGAGGAUGUCGGCGUCUCGACGACGCUUUGGCAAUGAUGGAGACAUUCGAUUGGGGAAAGCAUGUGUCGGCAACAAAGGGAGAAGCUCUGGCUUCAAUGUGCUUUGCCCCUUGAUAAACAAGGCGCCAUGAAACCCGCAGACGGAGGAAGCACAUGUACCGCCCGUCAUUGUUCAGUCGCAACUGGAGAUCAGUUGGUCGUCAGUCCUCAGUGCGGCGAUGGGAGACAAAGAGAGGUCUGUAUGUCAGAAAUAAGGGUACAACACCUAGCUAGCUUGAUCAAAUAUUCGCCGCGGUGGUGCCCGGUUCCUGUUUGCAGCGGCCUUAACGACAAGGAUGACAGCGGCAAAGACGAGCUCUUGAGUCUUGACUACCCGAGCAGGGCCAAUAUGAAGCUUUAUCAUCAUCACCAGUCUCGAACUUCUCUCAACCCAAUUCUCCUUCCUGCGCCACAGGACUUCCAUGUGAUGGCGUGA